AUGAUUGGCAAGAUCAUCGGACAGAAGUAUAUGGCGAUCGCCAAAUCAUGGUAAGAAAAUAUCUUGUCCUACUGUCGGUUAAUCGAGAAGAAAGAUCAGUAUUUCCUCCUCAGAUUCUUGAUGUGUCCUUCGCUAACUUUGAGCUGUUAGCUUAGCCGAGGUCACAGCUGUGGGGACAGACUGAAUACCCACAGUUAUUCUGAAGCAGUGGACAACAAAAGCGUCAUUUCAACCUCAAUGGCAUUUGAUUUUUGUUUCCACUACCUAGUUAUAUCAGAUAUCAUUUGUUUAUAAUCUGAGCUAACCCUUCCACCAAAGCAGAGGGACUAAAAUGUCUAAUUUAAAGGACUGCAGCUUGUUUUUCACUACAAACCAAUCAGAAAAUGGAUCAAUCAUUCAACUGGUGAAUCACGAGCUUCAAGUUAUGAUCAGUUGUCUUCAUUUACUUUAAAUCUGAUCAUUCUUGACUUUCCUCUGUGAUUCUCAGGGUCCCAACCCUGGCUGUGUGGGGCACUGUUGGAGGUGUAGCCUUGGUCCACUUCACAGACUGGCGGCUGUUUCUGGAUUAUGUCCCCUAUAUCAGUGGGAAGUUUAAGAAGGACGAGUAG